AUGGGCCAGUCAUUGAUACGAAGUGAGGAUGGCAAUUGCUAUCGAUUUAACACAAUUGAGGAUGCCGCGGAGUUUCUUUUCCGUCACCAGCCACUAUUUCGAUGCCCGGCUCUAACUCUGAAAAAUCAACCAUGUUCGAGGAAACUCGGCAAGCAGAAACGACAAACCAUUAUGUCAUUUCUACAGCCUAUGACUGAUAUAUCAGUACCCUCACCAGAGUUAAGCAAACUCCUUGUCGACUGCGUUGGCACGGCUCUAUGUGGCCAGAGUAAACACGUGGGGGACGCGAGACGGAAAGAUGUAUUGCGUGGUUGGUGCGAAAGACUACGAAAUGAGUACAAGAUUGUUAUAGGAACGGCCGGGCGUAUCGUUUGUCAAGCUGAAUCGGACCAACAUGGCGAUGCGAGAUGCUGGAUAUCCAUUGCUAUGGGGUCAAUACCCCGAGCGGUGACCCACAUCGAUAUGCCUAGCAUAAAUGAGCCGUCUGAAUUUGGAGAAGAGAGCGAUUCGAAUACCAUACUUGCCAAAACUUACACUGCGAAAAAAACCAGGACGAAAGUGUCAGGCAGCCCGACGGAAGACUUGAGGUCAAAGGCGGCGUCAUACUCCUUGAAUUUAUCACGCGUUGAAUCUAAGCACCGAAAUGUUUCCACUCCGCUCGAAACCAUCUUUCCGCGGUACGAUGGGCCUUCACAUGCUUCUGGGAGGGACGAAGAUGAUAUAAGACGGAUUCAAGACUCAUGUAUACACUCAGAGGGGCCAGUCCAGACGCCUGUAAAGCGCCAGCAUCGCCCGCAACUGCAUAGGAGCGAGCUUCAAAUAGUUCCUUCCCCCAUUGCAACCAACUCCGGAAAGACUUAUGCCAUUAAUGAUUCGCCCAUAUCUCCUGGAAACGAGGUAUUGGGAUAUAGUCCUGGUUCUGAAUCGUCUCCAGUUUCAGCACACUCGAUUGAAGACUCCAGUUUCGACAACACUCCUUCAGAUUCAUAUUCGUAUGCCACACCUCCUACAAGUCCCUUACCAACUCAGCAACUUUCCGGGUUGUUGAUGGGCCACCAAGGAAUUGACGCAACAUCACCAUUGCAAAAGUUCUCUCGGCAUAAGUCAUACACAGAAAAUGAUGAUGAGAAAGAAAGUAGCUCCGAGAUGCUCGAAAACGAUGAAGUGUUGGACAUAUCCGCCCGUACAGUAAUAAGGAAGCUUUUCCAAGAAAGGGAUCUGGAGAAGUGUGGCGCUCCUGCCGGAGGCGAACGUGGGUUUGCAUCGGUAAAAAAGGAGAAGGAUGAAGAAGACGACGAAUUUUGUCCAGCUCCGGCAGCCAAUCAGAGCCCACCAGCUCAGGUUCCGCUCAUACCUCGUCAUAAUCUUAAAUCUUGCAAAGAAUAUACAAAACCACUGCACAAGUUAUGCGAAAGUAUGCGCAAAACUAUCGAUAAUACUUCGACGGCAACUCCUGGUUUCAUAUACUGCUAUGAACUUUCGACUCUGCCGGGGCACAUCAAGAUUGGACAUGUCAGAAUGGACGAACAGAAAUUUAAGGCACAACUGUUCUCUGCAGUUUCCAAAUCACCUGUGCGCGCAUGUAAAGGUGACGAACCGAUUGUCAUGCCUACAAAAGUUGAGCACCGUUUGCGCAAGUGGGCCAAGAAGUGCGGAUACACACCACGUCUUGUCUACUGGGCGCCCGUGGUGCAAGCUGCGUGGAGGGUGGAGACAUUCAUACAUCAGCAAUUGAGGGCACACCAGAAGACCGAAUCGAAUUGUCCAGGUUGCCAAAAGGGUCAUAGAGAGUUGUUCCAAAUCGAUAGAAAGGCAGCACAGAAUGCAGUGGAUCUUUGGUGCUACUUUGCUCAGACGAGACCUUAUCAGGAGGACGGGAGUCUGAGUAAUGCGUGGAGACUUCGCACUUCCGACUGGAUGAAUCAGAAGUUGGUAGAACCUGCAGGAGGCCUUCCAGAGUUCUUGGUUCAAGUACGUGAGUGGAUCGGGGAGGAUGAGCAGAUCGUUGCAUCUGGAGGAAGUGGUGAGGACUUUUUUGGUCGCAUUGUUGACGGUUAG